AUGUCGCUGGUGCCCCCAGGCCUGAUCAUGUCUAAGGAAUCACUGACGUUGGACGAUGUGACCGUGAGGUUCACCCGGGACGAGUGGCAGCUCCUGGCGCCUGCUCAGAAGGCCCUGCACCGGCAGGUGAUGCUAGAGACUUACAGCCACCUGGUGUCCAUCGGUGAGGACGCCCUCCUAUCACGGACUUCCCCUCUUUUAGCCGCUAACGAGUUUGGAGUGUCUGUGGGUAUCAAGUUGCAGUCCCCAGAUGGGAGCGAGGAGAACCACUGUGGACAGUGGCAUUACCCGGAAGCCAGAGUGGGGUCCUCUCGGGUGAGUGAGCGCGACGUGGAGCGGAAGGAAGGGGGAGCUCCCCUUCACGUGACAGAAGGGGGUCCCCGGCCGCGAGGGGUUUAUCGAGCAGCCUCUGUGUCCUCCUCUGGUGUUGUUGUUCUGGGCCAUCAAGCUACCUGUCAAGGGGACCAUCGUGUGCUGGAACGCGGGCAGAGUGAGAUAAGGGACCAGUGGCACCAGCUUCAAGGCCGGCAGGACACUGCACAUCGGCCUGACCGCCCUCUCCCUUUCCUGGGAAGCCCGAGACCACACCCAGCCUCAGCAGUGGUCAGCCAGAGUCCAUGCCAGGAGGCCAAGGAGCCCGAGGGGCUUGAGGGAGGGAUGAGGGCCUUUCCCCCCCAGGACCAUGAGCAGCUUUGUUCCGAAAGGAAGUUCCCGGGGAAGGAGAGAUCCAUUGGGCCCCGGAGCGGGCAGGUGCGCCCGGCGGAGAAGCCGCACGUGUGCGGGGAGUGUGGCAAGCGCUUUGCACGCAGGUCCUUCUUCCUGGACCACCAGGUCCUGCACACGGGCCAGAAGCCCCACCAAUGCAGCCUCUGUGCUGAGACCUUCGCGCGCAAGGCCCAGCUCGUGGAGCACCAGCGCGCCAGCCACCGCGGCCACAAGCUGUUCCAAUGCGCCGCGUGCCCCAGGUCCUACCGCUAUGAAUCCGGCCUCCUGAAGCACCAGAAGGCGCACACAGCCGAGCGGCCGCACGCCUGCCCGGACUGCGGCAAGCGCUUCGCACAGCGCACCAACCUCACGGUGCACCGGCGCACGCACACCGGCGAGCGGCCCUUCGCGUGUGCGCAGUGCGGCAGGGCCUUCACGCAGAAGUCGGAGCUGGUGGUGCACGAGCGCACGCACACGGGCGAGCGGCCUUUCGCCUGCGCACAGUGCGGCAAGGCCUUCAUCCGCAAGGGCCCCCUGCGCAUCCACCAGCGCGCCCACCGUGGCGAGAAGCCCUACGCCUGCGGCCAAUGCGGCAAGGGCUUCAACCAGAAGACGCACCUGGCCAACCAUGCGCGCACGCACACGGGCGAGCGGCCCUACCUGUGCAGCGUGUGCGGCAAGGGCUUCGGGCAGCAGUCGUGCCUCCUGGUGCAUCUGCGGGCGCACGCGGGCCGCGGCCGCUUCCCCUGCGCACAGUGCGGCCGCUGCUAUGCGCACAAGGGCACGCUGGUGACGCACCAGAAGAUCCACAGCGCCGAGAAGCGCUUCCAGUGCGCCCAGUGCCCCAAGGCCUUCGAGACCAAGCGGGAGCUCAAGGGCCACCAGCGGUCACACUCGGCCGGGCGCCUGUACACGUGCAAGGAGUGUGGCCAGACCUUUGGCUACGCCUCCAACCUGUACUCGCAUCAGAGGCGGCACAAGAGACAGAGGCAGGCGGCAGGUGGCUUGUCAGAGGGUGGCCUGGCAGAAGGGGUGCCCAAAGCACACUGUGGUCCCCCAAGGACCAGUGACCACGUGCAGGGCAUCAGCCCUGUGAGCUCGCUGACCCUGCAGGUGCCACCGGCGACCUCUCAGACCCCGGUCAGCCUGGUGCUCGUGGGGCAGCCAUUGGCUCCAAGCGAAGCCCCUGGAGAGAACAGAGACUCCGGCUCACAGAGGCACCCGGUGGACCCUGCCAACGUGGUGGUGCCCCUGAAUGUCCUCAAUGUGGCUGUGCCCUCAGGGUCCAACUACGUCCUGUUUUAUGUCCCCCAGAACCCCUAG